AUGCCUGCUACUCAAGGACUUCCAGAGUUCAGCCUAGCGGGAAAGGUAGUGCUGGUAUCGGGCGCUGCUCGAGGACUCGGUCUGACACAAGCCGAAGCGUUGCUGGAGGCUGGCGCACGAGUAUAUGCACUUGACAGACUCGAAGAACCCUCAGCCGACUUUGCGCCAAUUGCCGAGAAAGCAAAGAAAGAAUACGGAACCUCGCUCGAGUACCGCCAAAUAGAUGUUCGGGAUGUGAAGAAGCUCCACGCGAUUGUGGAGGACAUCGCCAACAAGGAAGGCAGGCUGGAUGGGUUGAUCGCUGCUGCCGGUAUUCAACAAGAGACCACUGCGCUGGAGUACACUGCUGAAGAUGCGAACCGCAUGUUCGAGGUCAACAUCACCGGUGUAAUGAUGACUGCGCAAGCAGCUGCGAAACAGAUGAUCAAGUUUGGAAGUGGAGGAAGCAUCGUGCUCAUCGCCAGCAUGUCGGGUACUGUCGCAAACAGGGGUCUCAUCUGCUCAGCAUACAACGCGUCGAAAGCUGGUGUAAUACAACUCGCUCGCAACCUCGCAUCGGAAUGGGGCGAGCACAACAUUCGCGUCAACACAAUAUCGCCAGGGUACAUCGUGACGGCAAUGGUGGAGGAGCUCUUUAAGAAGUACCCAGAGCGAAGAGACACAUGGCCAACGCAGAAUAUGUUGGGUCGUCUGUCGAAGCCGGAGGAAUACCGUGGUGCAGCAGUCUUCCUGUUGAGCGAUGCGAGCCCAUACGACCUACUUGGUAUCCAAGUACCGCUCGACCCUCGCAAUCUAGGCACGCCAAGCGAGUUACGCGACACGAUCCUGCGCGCGCAGCCAAGCGCCGACAAUGAGACGAUAGAGCGCCUCACCGAGAGCUUCUACAACGAGUUCCUCGACCGGUUACUAGUCGUACUCUAUCCAGACCGAGCUCUGUCCCCGUCGCAGGCAGAUGACAUCCGAAUAUGGCUGCAUCAUCGCAACCCAGAUAACGCAGGAGUGGAUCGUGCUGCAGUAGCCCGCGCUGCGGCAAGGCAUGCGCAGAUAUUCCCUCCUGGCGACAAUCCUGCUCUCGAUGACGCUGAGAGCGUCGCAGCUACAGACCUGUCGUUGGGCAGCGACGAGGACGCGGAUGAUGCUAUUGAUCCCGAAGGCCAGACCCUCCAGCGCACCUUAUAUCACAUUGCGGAAGAUCGCGCAAGAUUGGAAGGCGUGAUACAUCGUGGAAUCACAUGCAAUGGCUGUGACGAGAAGCCCAUUCGCGGGACCCGGUGGCACUGCGCCAACUGCCCGGACUUCGAUCUGUGCUCCAACUGCGAAGCAACCAACUCGCAUCACAAGAACCACAUCUUCUACAAGGUCCGCGUACCUGCGCCAUAUCUGAGUCUACAGAAACAGGAACCGCUCUACCCUGGCAAGCCUCACAUGAUGAGCCCCUCAAUCGACCCGGCCCUCAAGAGACGCCUCGUAGCCGAGACCAAGAUGGAAGCAGAGGAGAUUGAGGCAUUGUGGGACCAAUUCACUUGUCUCGCAGGGUCCGAGUGGGCGGGUGAUGCAACUGGGGUAGGAUGGGCCAUCGAUCGACGCGACUUCAACCACGCCUUCAUCCCUCGCUAUAACGGCUUUGUCGCCGCACCGAACCUCGUCUACGAUCGCAUCUUCGCAUACUAUGAUACGGACAAGAAUGGACUCAUCGGGUUCGAUGAGUGGGUCAAGGGUCUGGACGGAAUGCACGACUCUGAUGUGGAUGUCAAGGCCAGGAUAGUCUUUAGUGGAUACGACAUCGAUGAAGAUGGCUAUAUAUCGCGCAAGGACAUACUACGCAUAUUCAGAGCAUACUAUGCCAUAGAGAAGGAGGCUACACGAAACUACAUCUCAGAGCUGCAGGACGAAGUGACUGUGCGGACAGCUUUGGAUACAAUUCGCUCUAGCCAGCCACUUGGCGCUGCUUUUCCGCCCCACAAUAUGGCUGCCUCAAGCACGAGCAACUCUCGCCUACGGCAGAAGCGCGAACAAGACGCGACCAUGACUCCGCCGCUGCUUGAGCACAAUAGCGAUGUGGCAGAUCGGGCUGAGAUAAUAGGGACAGCAGGUAUCCAUCACGUCGCACCCACCUAUACAUCGCAAACGCCAGAGGAACAACAGGCGGGCAUCGUCACUCAGAGAUGGGCUCGCAGGCAAUACUACAUCGACGAAGAAGAAGGUCUAACGCGGCCCGAAGGGUUUGAGGAAUCAGACCCUGAUGAGCCAGAGACUGCCGAUGGUGCGAACGGAACGACUGAAGCUGUAGACUUAAAUGGAGACUGGGCCCGUAACAGGAGCUCACGGUCGUCUUCAAGGGUCCGCUUCCAGGACGACGUGGAGAUGGACACACGCUCCAAUGCCUCAUCAUCCAGGCCUGUCGGAGAGCGUUGGGGUGGCUAUGAGAUACCCGAGCCCGAACAAGAUCUUGGCAAAGAGGUGUUAUAUCAGAUUACGCAGCAGGGUUUCAACGAAUUGCUUAAUCCGCUUUUCCUUGAGAAAGAAGACAUGGCUAUGGACGCGCAUGAGAUGCGCAGCGAGCGUCGCGCAAAGGCAGCCGCUAUCGACGAGCUGACUAUGCACCACUUCACAGAGAGUAAGGCUGCUGUCGAAGCCAUUGUUCACGUCGGUGCCUUUCGAUACUCUAAGUGCAUGAUCGACAGAUUCUGUCGGGCCCUUAACCAUGUACGCCCUAUCAAAAGCUUGUUCCGCAACCGUACCGAUGAUAAGCCAUGCACUCAAGAAGAGGCAUGCGGAGUGGUCGGAGAACUUUACGACAGUGUGGAAGCGAAAGUGCUCCAAUCCGUGAAGGUUUCCAGGCCCACGAAUGUUGACAACAUGACGAUGUGGAACACUUUGUUGAUCAGGUCACGGCUUCGAACAGAAGUUGUCAAUGCUAUCAUGGAGUGUAUAGACAACAAAGGCUGGCUGAUACCACCACUCGUGAAUGAAAGUCUGGCUGGUAUCUACAGAGAUCCUACUAUGCCUCAAUUCCGGCCGAACUCCUCCAAUCUUCCAUCUGCAGCGACUCUGCAGGCUGCCUCGAACAGCUCUUCAAAUAGUAGUGUCAUUUCCGACACUGAUACGUCCUCGAUAACCUCGGGCGAAGAUAUUCUGAAUCGUUGUUUCUUUAUCGCGGCGGGCCACGAUGGCCUGGAGCAUUAUCCUGGGCAAAGAUGUGUUGGCGAAACUGAUUCGCCGGUACCUCAUGGUAUGGACUCUUCUGAAGAAGCUCCUCAGCCUGAUCCUUCGGCGAAACAGCAAGACAAAGAAGAUGAUCCUUACACGAUCAAUUGGCGAUGGUACACCGACAAUCCAGAGUUCUACUACCUCUUCGCUCAAAACUCUGAGGACGUGGACACAUUUCUUUGUGCUCGUAUUCCUAUCAAUCAUUCCGCGAGUCCACAUAACCCUGAGGCGAAUCAACUCAAGCCGUUGCAGCGCUCGAUUCGACAGCUCGCUAUGGACCCGAGGUCUAGUCUCCAUCUCAUCAUGCUAGCGAGCCUUGAGGCUGUCGAGCAGGAGAUCAACGAACGGAAGGGAAGUGGACUGAUCAACUUCGAGGAGUUUUUGGAGCAUAUGAGGCAGGGUAGAUUGAAGUUCCUUGAGGCUUGGAUGGAAUGGGUAAGCAUGUGA